GGACUAUCUGAAAGGCUUUGACAGGAGUGCCUCUUUAGUGAUUGAGGCAUCUUUUGCUCUGUCUGACCAAUUUUUUAGCACAAGAUUUUCUUCUCAGUUAAGACAAAAAAAAAAAAAAAAAAAAAAGAUGUCUACCCAAAGACUGUCUGUGCUUUCUCCCCUUCUGCUCUUCUGCUUCUUCAGAGAGACUUUCUCCAUUUGUGACGGGACAACGUGGACAAAGGUCGGAUGGGAGAUUUUUCCAGAGGAAGUGCACUACCUGAAAGUUAAGGCCCCCCCAUCCAGCUGCCUACCUUAUCCUCUGGACACACUCUGCUGCAAUUUUGCUAACAUGGACCUCUUACAGAGCGCCUUACACCUCACUUACAUCUUAGUACAAGCUCUCUGCUUAAUCCUGUUUGCUUUAUCUGUGCAUUACCUAUGGAUGAAAUGGACAAGACACCAAAAAAAGCUGAAAAAGCAAGCUUCCUUAGAGAAACACGCUAAUGGCCUAGACCUGAGCCCAUCCAUCCAUGACAUUGAACAAAUCCUCUGCAGACUACUGGCCACAACAUCAAUGAUGACCAAGUUCCUGAAGCACGUGUCUCACCACUCUUCUGUCAAGAAAGCUAAGCAACAACGUAAAUUAAGGAAGAAGAAGAGUAAGGGAGAAGAGGAGCAGAAGAUCACUGCUAUCCCUAAGCUCGUGCAAAUGUAGCUUGGUCAAGUGCGGAGAGGACAAAAGCUCGUGCAAAUGUAGCUUGGUCAAGUGCGGAGUAUAAAAGAAAUCUAUUGCAGGGACUGUCUGAGGACACAAAGGUUUCUUUGGGGGCUUGCUUUUUUUUUUUUUUUUUUUUUUGCCACAAUCAUUACAGAAAAAUUCUCAGACGAGCUCUGGGUUUCCGCUCAACUGAAAACGAAUCCACUCUUUCUAACGUGGCUCCCAGAAUAAACUGAGAACACCUUAACUGGAA